GCAGCGGCCAAUCGGGGCGCGGGAUGGGCCGAGGGCGCCCGGAGCCGUUCACCACCGAAGCGCCGCGACGCCGCCAGACCGCCCUCCACGCGCCGGGAAGAAAGACCGAGGCGGAGGCGCGGAGGGUUCCCGGCUAGCGUGGCUGCUGCAACUCCGCCGGAAGCAGAACCGGGGAUCUGGGGGGUUCAGCCCCCGUGCAGCUGCAGAAGGAAGGGCCCGUUCAGGAGGGAGAGCCGGCGAUGGCAGCCGCAGUGACCACCAAGACGGCUUGGAAGCUGCAGGAGAUCAUUGCUCACAGCAGCAACGUUUCUUCCCUUGUCCUGGGUAAAAGUUCAGGCCGCCUCCUGGCAACUGGUGGAGAUGAUUGUCGGGUUAAUAUCUGGUCAGUUAACAAGCCAAACUGCAUUAUGAGUCUAACCGGUCACACGACGCCAGUGGAGAGCGUGAAGAUUAAUACCAACGAAGAGCUCAUUGUUGCAGGAUCUCAGUCAGGUUCCAUUCGGAUCUGGGACUUGGAAGCUGCCAAAAUUCUCCGUACAUUAAUGGGCCAUAAAGCAAAUAUUUGCAGCCUAGAUUUCCAUCCUUAUGGAGGUUUUGUAGCUUCAGGGUCCAUGGACACCAACAUUAAGCUUUGGGAUGUAAGAAGAAAAGGUUGUGUCUUCAGGUACAAGGGCCAUGCCCGAGCAGUUAGGUGUCUCCGGUUCAGCCCUGAUGGGAAAUGGCUGGCAUCUUCCUCUGAUGAUCACACAGUGAAGCUGUGGGACCUGGCUGCUGGGAAGAUCAUGUUUGAGUUCACAGGACAUACUGGGCCAGUCAACGUCAUUGAAUUCCACCCCAAUGAGUACCUUUUGGCCUCAGGUAGCAACGACAGGACAGUCAGAUUCUGGGACUUGGAGAAGUUCCAGACAGUGAGCUGCAUUGAGGAGGAGGCCACGCCUGUUAGGUGUGUGCUCUUUAACCCUGACGGCUGCUGCUUGUAUGCCGGUAGCCAGGACGCCCUGCGAGUGUACGGCUGGGAGCCCGAGCGGUGCUUUGAAGUGGUCUUGGUGAAUUGGGGCAAAGUGGCUGAUUUGUCUAUCUGCAACAGUCAGUUGAUCGGCGUUUCUUUCACCCAAAGCACCGUCUCUUCAUACGUUGUGGACCUCAGCAGAAUCACAAAGUGUGGGUCUGGACUCCAUGGGCUAGUCAGAGAUGACAAGCCUCUGGCUCAGCCCCCAUCUGCGGGCCCCUCCCUGCGACGCAUCUAUGAAAGGCCGGCAACCACCUGCAGCAAGCCCCAGCGAGUGAAACACAACCCGGAGAGCGAGCGACGCAGUCCGAGCAGUGAGGACGACCGGGAAGAGAGGGAGUCCGCUGCAGAGAUCCAGAACUUAGAGGAUUACAAAGAGAUCUUCCAGCCUAAGAACUCCAUUACACGGACUCCACCCAGCAAGAGUGAGCCUUUCCCUGCACCUCCAGAAGAUGAGGCCACACUUGCCAAAGAGGCUGCAAGGUCCAGUCAAGCAGCAGACACCGAGUCCCCGUUGCCCCGCCAAGAGAGUGCAGACCCUGUUCAGAGGCAGCCCAUAGCUGCUUCGACACCAAUAACCAGGGUGGAGCCCUCGGUGAUCCCGGCUGCCAGGAAUGAGCCUAUUGGGCUGAAGGCCUCUGACUUCUUGCCGGCCGUGAAGAACCAAGGCCUGACGGAAAUUGUAGAUGAGGAGGCCAUGUCUCAGAUCCGGAAGGGCCACGAGACAAUGUGUGUGGUGCUAACCAGUCGCCAUAAGAAUUUGGACACAGUGAGGGCUGUGUGGAGCACUGGGGACAUCAAGACUUCAGUGGACUCUGCUGUGGCCAUCAAUGACCUCUCGGUAGUUGUUGACCUUCUGAACAUUGUAAACCAAAAGGCAUCUCUUUGGAAAUUGGAUCUGUGCACAGUUGUCUUGCCGCAGAUAGAAAAGCUUCUGCAAAGCAAAUAUGAAAGUUAUGUUCAGACAGGCUGCGCAUCCCUGAAGCUAAUUCUGCAAAGGUUUCUGCCACUAAUCACGGACAUCCUUGCCGCACCCCCGUCUGUGGGAGUGGACAUCUCCCGAGAGGAGAGGCUCCAAAAGUGCCGCGUGUGCUACAAGCAACUGAAAACCAUCAGCGCGUUCAUCAAGAACAGGUCUGGCCUCAGUGGCCGCCAUGGCAGUGCCUUCCGGGAGCUGCACCUCCUGAUGGCCGUCCUCGAGUGACUGCCGCUGCAUCAUCCGCCUGCCCUCAGCUGUGGCCAGGGAGAUGCUUUCGCCUGUUGCUUUGCCCUCCAACCCGGUUCAGCUUUGGAGAUUCUCUCUGGGGUCCGUCUUCUUGUACCUUCCCCAGAGGUAGGGGCUGCCAGACUGCACCAAGUCCAGUGCCUUACAGGCCACAUGUCAAACCAGACUUUCCUGCUGUGGCAUCUCCUUCCUGCACCUACAAAGCUGCCUUUUCAGGUAGAGAGCUGAGGAUGCACAGGCCCGGUCCACUUCUGGCCAAAAGGCUUUCGUUGCUCAGCUUCUCCUCUUCCUGCCAGCCAAUAAUGGUGGUAAACUCUUGACUUGUGUCCUUUCCAACCAUCUUGGAUUGGGUGGGACUGGAGUAGGGUCACUUGUAUCUGUGAUGCAGCUGCACUGGGUCCUUUCCGUUUGCCUUUUGGCCUGCAGAACUUGAGCCAUGUUUUUCUGGUAAGAUGGGUCCAUCGCUGGCUUUUUCCCCUGUGGAAAUUGUCUCAGUACUGGGGAAUAAAAUGGUUUUUCCCUGCAUUGCUGGAGCCUGCUGGUCAUACGACUGUAACUUAUGACAAAUUUUAUUAAAUGUUUGUAACUUUCA